CACUUGGCCCACUCGGUCACUGGACACUGUGAGUGUGAAUGCGUGCGUGAACUGUUAUUGAUGUAUAAUAAUUAUUUUUUCCACCCUCUUCUCCAAAUGACACAUAAGAACAAAGGCGUCAAACGAACGACUUUGUUUUUCGAUGGAAAAAUAUAUAUAAUCAAGUUUUAUGUAGAAGUGUUUUAAUGGCGCCAAGGAAAACAAUCAUAAAAAUUUCAUAAUAAUCACAGUCAAUUUUUGCGCAGUAAAUAUUAUACAUGUACAUUGUAAUAUUAAAAUGUCGUUCGCGCUCAUAACAUACUUUACCGGCAUAUAGUAUUCUUUCUUGAUACAAUUUUAUUAGCAUUGCUAAUUCAGAGUAUAUCUAAUCGAUGUUAAUUGUUUCUUUCUUCUUUGAUUCUGUUGAAAGGCGCGGUAAAAACCAGUAGCUCGUGGCAAAUGGAAAUUGAUUAAUAUUCCUAUGAAAACCACAGAAUUGCCACUUUCGAGAAGACAAUUCGGAGUGCAUUGAGUCUGGUCUAUUUUUUCCGUUCGUCAUGUCAACAGAGUUGUGUGAGGGCAUGAACAACGAAAAACAAGUCAUUUCCGGUAAUGAGUUUAUGUCAUUCAAUUGAUACAUAUGGCAUAAUAAAUUUGAGCUAAAUAAGCGUCUGUGGCGUAUCGAUGAAAUGUGAAUUUCCAUUCCGAAAUGUAACCGCGACCGAUACGAACUCACCAUCACAUUGAAAACAUACUCGGCGGCUCCACCUAAACUGACAUGUUAUUCGGGUUCAAUUCAAAACAUAGACAAACCAAUGCAAAAUCAUAUGGUUUAACGUUUCGUAACUUGACUGUCUUACGUCUGGAAAUCGAUUGGAGUAUGCGUAGCAUAUCUCCAAACCAUUUACGUAUUUCAUCGUGACACAACAACAUCUGUUCGUUUCGACAAUAAAACCUAGAGAAUGGUAGAAUAAUUCAUGUUUUUUUAUCACUUCCUCUCGAUUAUCUGCCUAGAUAAGUGUGUCAGACGAGACUGGUUUUUUUAUGAAAAAUAAAAACACGUGUUAAUUUCAAUAAAUUACAUUCAAGUGUUCUCAAUUUUUGAUAAUUCAGCGAAUAAUUUUCAACGGAUAUUUCCUUUGUUUACAUUUCCCCUUCGAAAACAAAUGUCAUCGACGGUCAACUCUGUGUACACAAAGACUGGUAUGACUUUUGUUUUUUCCAUUAUUAUUAAAUAAAAUAUGGCGUCUUCGUUGGCCUGAAUCCAGACAGAUGUACGAAAUUAUUGGUUGAAUUGAACUGAAUUGGUUUGGAAAUUUCGUAAAUUUCAAAGUGUAUUUGUGCCUACUAAGUCUUUGUGCAAACACAAGUGAUAUUAUUGGAUUGAAACAAGAAGAAACCAAUCAGCAGUUUGAUUUUGAAAAGUAUAGACUCGCCCUUUGACACGCAAUCAAGUGAAUAGAAGCAUUGAAAAUGCGCUCGAAUAUUUGUGCAUAAGUUGUUUGUGUGAUAUUUUAACGUGCAUUUAAAUAGGCAUCAACAAAAUGAGCAUUUCGAAUAACAAUCACGGUGGUGUGAAUGCAAACAAUCAAAGUUUGGCUGCUGAAGGUGUCGUCGAAAGAGGAAGCUGUCUCCUGUUGCGCUAUGCCAGCCAAAAUUCACUCGAUGAAAGUUCACAAAAUAAAUUGCCGCGCUCGUCCAAGGACAAAACGACGGGCACAUAUCAAAAUGAUGAACACACAUUCAAGUGCUUCAAAGCGAUGAAUGAAAUGAGAAAAGGAAAUCUAUUCUGUGAUGUUACAUUAAUAGCGGAGAAUAUGGAAAUUCCAGCACAUAAAAUGGUGUUGGCAUCUUGCAGCCCAUAUUUUUACGCUAUGUUUUCCGGAUCUGAUUUUGAGGAAUCACACCAAGACAAAAUCACCGUUCAAGGUGUUGAUUUUCGUGCACUGCAACUGCUCGUUGAAUAUGUAUACACCUCAUACGUCGAUGUGAACGAAGAUAAUGUUCAGACCCUUUUAACUGCCGCAAAUUUACUUCAACUGACCGAUGUCCGUGAUGCCUGUUGUGAUUAUUUACAAACCCAGCUAGAUCCGAGCAAUUGUUUGGGAAUAAGAGAUUUUGCCGAUAUUCAUGGUUGUGUUGACUUGUUGAACUAUGCAAACACUUAUAUCGAACAGCAUUUUUCUGAAGUGAUUCAAUACGAUGAGUUUCUCAAUUUGACGUCCGAACAAUUGUUGUCAUUAGUAAAAAGUGACCACUUAACCGUUGCUUCGGAGGAGAAGGUGUAUGAGUCGGUUAUCAGUUGGAUUCAGUUUGACGCACAAGAGCGACGAAGCUACUUACCAAAGCUACUUGAGCACGUACGCUUGCCACUAGUAUCGCAAGAUUAUUUGAUGUCACGUGUUGAAAACGAGCCAUUGUUGAAAGAGGAUUUACUUUGCAAAGACUUUAUCAUCGAAGCUCUUAAAUUUCACUUGCUAAAGGGUGAUGCAAAAAAUACGUUGACAAAAACAAUUCGAACGAUUCCACGCCAGCCAAUCGGACAGCCAAAGGUUUUGCUGGUUAUCGGUGGUCAAGCACCCAAGGCCAUCAGAAGCGUUGAAUGUUACGAUUUAAGAGAAGAGCAAUGGUACGCGGCGGCAGAGAUGCCAUCACGACGAUGCCGAGCUGGGUUAGCGGUGCUAAAUGAUAAAGUAUACGCAGUUGGUGGGUUCAAUGGCUCUCUUCGUGUUCGCACUGUUGACGUGUACGAUCCAAUGAACGAUAUUUGGUCAACUUCCUGUAGUAUGGAAGCACGCCGUUCAACAUUGGGUGUUGCGGUCCUAAAUGGAUUAAUUUUUGCUGUUGGUGGUUUUGACGGCGCCACAGGUUUAGAGACGGCAGAGGUAUUUGAUCCAAAGAUGGGAAGAUGGGCUAUGAUCGCGAGUAUGUCGGCACGGCGAAGCUCGGUUGGAGUGGGCGUUAUUCAUAACCAACUCUAUGCGGUAGGCGGCUAUGAUGGUUCUUGCAGACAAUGUUUGAAUAGCGUUGAGCGAUACAAUGGAUUAGAGACAAACACGUGGACAAAAAUUGCUGAUAUGAAUGCGCGAAGGUCUGGCGCUGGUGUUGGCGUUGUUGAUAAUAUUCUGUUCGCAAUUGGUGGGCAUGACGGUCCACUGGUUCGAAAGAGUUGUGAAAAAUAUAAUGCUGAGCUUGAUUCUUGGAGCCCAAUUGCUGAUAUGACUUAUCGUCGGCGAAAUGCAGGAGUCAUUUGUCAUGAUGGACUAUUGUACGUUGUGGGAGGCGACGAUGGAACAUCAAAUUUAUCCAAUGUUGAAGUUUACGAUCCAAAGAAUGAUGUUUGGCGCAUCUUACCAGCUAGCAUGGGAAUCGGCCGCAGCUAUGCCGGAGUAUGUAUUGUGGAUAAGCCCAUGUGAAAGCAACAGCAGGGUGCAGCAGCACGGUACGCAAAUUGUGGAGACGAUGAAAACAGUCAAGCCGAAGGACUGUUUGAUGCAUCGGCUGGAGUAGCUCGUUCAGAAAACGCACAACAAAAUUCCCAUCGCAAUGCGAGCGCCAGCAAUCAAAAUAACCAAAAUGUAGUUCGAAAUCCACAUUAUGAGAAUAUUUACGAAUCCAUUGAGCGAAUUAAUGCCCCUGCCCCUGCUGAAAAUGCCCAAAAUGCACAAUUACCCGCUGCCGCCGCUGCACCAAACAACAACAACAACAACAGCAAUGGCCGCAUCAACUUACGCACCCGAAACCACUUCCAUUACCACACAUCAUCACUUUCACAUCCACGAGCGAACGGAGGAGCCUAUGAUGUUCCACGUCAUCCGCGAAACUAUUAUGCUUCGAAUGUGAGCAAUGCCAAUCGUAGAGCCACUUUAGAAGCGAAUCCAAACCGAAUUCGAUAUGCAAACGCCAAUCGCGCUUUUCGACAACGCAGCUUCGAUGACACUGAGUCUUAUCAUUAUUCACGUAACAAUAAUUUCCGAUAUGAGAAUAUCUACGAACAAAUUCGCGAAGAGCCAAUUUAUAGAAAUAUAGGAUUGAACCGUGACAAUGCCGUCAAUCGAUUGUACGGAGGUCGAUUAGACGUGAUAGGCCAUGGUAUCGGCAGAAUCGAACGUCACCUAAGCAGUAGUUGCGGCAACAUCGAUCAUUAUAACCUAGGUGGAACGUACGCAAUUCUAGGGCACAGUCAUUUGAGUACGGUCGGGCAUGUGUACGCAUCCGAUAAUGCCAAAGAAACAGCCGGAAAGAGUCUGAAUUUCUUCAGCUGCCUGGGACGAGAAAAUUCACAAUCGAUGAGCAACAUUUGCCGUGAAUCGAGCAACAACACUGCCGAACAGCCAGUGGCUGGAGCCGCUGCAGUUGUACAACCACCAACGCAGAACGAAAAUACGAACAAACACACGGGAGCCAUCCCGAAGGUCAAGAACAAAAUGCAAAAUACAGCACGAAACGCGCCAAAUUCAAUACAUUCCACCGCAUUGAAUCGCAUUUCGAAAUCGUCACUUCAAUGGCUGUUGAUGAAUAAAUGGCUUCCGCUUUGGAUGGGCAACGGAUCGGAUUGCAAUGUGCUCGAUUUCAAUUUCAUGUUUUCACGCAACUGUGAUGGUUGCGAAAGAGACGACAGUGUCGUUGUGUACGAUGAAUCAAAUGGUGCUUCGUAUGCAAAUUGCUAUCGAGAUUUUGGUCAAGAUAAUUACUACAGCAUAUCAAGGCCGAUGCGGUACAACAACAGCUUAAUGCGAUUCAAUGAAUCUAAUCCGCAUCGCAUGUAUCGACCGAACCGACAGCCAAACUAUUGCUCAAACGCAGGUGACGCUUCUGGUUAUGGGGAUUACAACUUUCCAGCACAUCCACAGCCAGAAAAUCCAUUCCGCCGAUGGGAACUGAAUUCGGAAAAUAAUUCAUUUCGACCAGCUUCGGUGCGGAGAAUCACCGACGGAACGUUCCCAAACGGAAAUGGUAAUAAUCAGAGUCAAGGUCAAUUACGGAAUCAACCGCGACACGAAGUUCGUGUCGAGAUCAAUCAUCAGCCCGUUGACACAAAUGCACCAAGUACGUCGUCGGCUGCUCGAGCGAUCCCAUCAACAUCAAAUGCCAGCAGUAAUGCAGCUGGCAAUGCUGAAGCCUCGUCAAGCUCACAACUUCGAGCCGAUCAAAGAACAUUCGAAAAUGCUGCACUAAGCAGCAGCACAGAGAGCACGUCUGAGACUGAAAAUAAGGUUCUAUCGCCCGAUUUGUCAGCCAGACGAUAUUCAGAGAAUACUGAAGAUGAUCAAUACAAUAGCGGAAAUUCCUCAAGCACUGACGAAGAGGAAAAUGAUGAAACGAUUAGCGAAAUGAACACAAAUGACACAGACUUCUCAGAACGAAUCAAUGAGCAGUGAUUAAUCCAAUUAAAAGCUCAUUAGGCGCACAACCCAAUAAUCCAUACUUAUUUAUUCACUUAGAAAUUGUUAUAUAUACCCAUUCAUUAGCAAGCAUUCAUACAUACAUUAUUAGCUCACUUAUUCAUUCUCCAAAAAAAAAAACAACUCCAUGAUUCAUAUUAUACAAGGAAUGGUUGUUUUUUCUGUCUCUAUAUAGUAGUAGUAUCUAUAAGCAUGUAUUCAAUUAUUAAAUCGAUUUUAUUUGAAUUUCAUUGUUCUUAGGAUUUAAAAGCUCAAAAUAUACACAAGAAAAUAAUAUAA